GCGGACGAUUCGUUGUAGGAGCAAAUCAAAAUGGCGAGCCAAGAGGAGUCUGUGAGGGAGUUCGUUGCUGUUACUGAUGUGGAUGAGGAGAGGGCCCGGUUUUUCCUUGAGUCCGCAGGCUGGAAUUUGCAGCUUGCACUUGCCAGUUUCUUUGAGGAUGGAGCUGACGACGACAUAGUGACACUUCCUCAGCCUGAAGGAGGCUCAUCAGUCUCCCGAUCUGCAGGACCAAGUGCCCAGCACAGAGUGACCUCAUUCAGGGAUCUGAUGCAUGAAGCUGAGGAGGAGAGUGAUGAAGAGGAAGGCCAGAGGUUUUUUGCGGGAGGAUCAGAACGUAGUGGGCAGCAGAUCGUUGGGCCUCCUAAGAAGAAGAGCUCCAAUGAAGUUGUAGAGGAUCUGUUUAAGGGGGCAAGGGAACAUGGAGCUGUGCCUUUGGACCGUGCUGGGAAAGGGCCAGGAGAGCCUAGCAAAGCCAGGGCCUUCGUUGGUGGAGGUUACAGGCUAGGAGCAGCUCCUGAGGAGGAGUCGGCCUAUGUAGCUGGAGAGAGGCAAGCAUCCAACAGUCAACAGGAUGUACAUGUGGUGCUGAAGCUGUGGAAGACAGGUUUCAGUUUGGAUAAUGGUGAACUCAGAAACUAUAGCGAUCCUGGAAAUGCAAACUUCCUCGAGUCUAUUCGGAGGGGAGAAAUUCCUCUUGAAUUGAGGCAGCGCUCACGAGGGGGUCAGGUCAACCUGGAUAUGGAAGACCACAGGGAUGAGGACUUUUCCAAACCCAAGGUUGCCUUCAAGGCCUUUGAAGGGGAAGGACAGAAGUUGGGAAGUGCCACCCCAGAAUUGGUCUCAGCUCCAGCCACCUCCCAGCAGGACCAGGCUGCGAAUGAGGCUCAGGCCAGUGCCUCUGUGACCCUUGACCCCUCCCAGCCCGUCACCAACAUUCAGAUCCGACUGGCAGAUGGCGGCAGGCUGGUCCAGAAGUUCAACCACACCCACAGGGUGUCUGAUCUGCGCCAGUUCGUGGUUGCUGCCCGGCCUGCCAUGGCCGCCAGAGAGUUUGUUCUCAUGACCACCUUCCCCAACAAGGAGCUGUCGGACGAGAGCCAGACGCUGCAGCAGGCCAACCUCCUCAACGCUGUCAUUGUCCAGCGGCUAAAGUGAAGGGGGCGGUAAAAACAAAGCCCCCCCCUCCACCACCUGCUGGUGUGGCUGAGUAUGUGCAGCCCUGUGAGAAACCUGCUGCCCCUUCUGAGGGAGGAGAAACCAUGGACUUAAUAUGUAUGGACUUCUAAUUCCUGAUUUUUUUGUUUUUCUAAAGUGAAACAUAACAUUCUUCUCCCCUGAUUCCUACUCUCACCCCCUUCUUCAGUGGUCUGCGACAGGCAGUUAUGGGGGUAAAAAAUAAUCUUGCAUUUAAUGUGAGGACCAUGGAAGAGCCUGCAGAUGCUGUUUGAAUAGUGGUUUGGAUGGGGAUGUGUUUACCUUCCACAGUAGGUGGUUGAAACCAUAAAAGGAGGAGCAGUUUGAUUGUACAGAUGUUCAUCAUACCCGGCUUCACCAAUCGCCGACUUGCUCCCUAUGUUUCCUCCUUUAUUAACAUUAUUUGACAUACUCACUAUCACGUACUGGGGCCUCACUGGAUCAGUGCAGCAGCAGAUUUUAGCUCGUUUCCGUCUUAACAGCACAAACCAGAACCACACAAUGAGUAACACUCUUAUUAAGGUGAACAUACACACACUAACACUUGGGUUUUGUACUAGUUUAUUUCUCAAGAAACAAUGAAGAAAGUAUAUCUAGACAAAACCACUUUUUUUUCCCAGUCCAACUUAUACCAGUAGCCUUACGCUCUUUUAUUCACCUCCAGUACCACAACAGAGUCCCUUUGUUCAAAUAAAGAUCAAAGUAUUUUUUUAAACCACCUUUUUUCCCUCCCCCUUUCCCGUUUUUCCUUUACAGAUUGUAGAAUUGUCCCAGUCAGACGGUGGGAUUUUGAUAGUGUGUAACGUGGACACCGUUCCACAUGGCUUUAUUAUCAAACCAAUGGUUGAGCAUUGAACAUAGAGAUUGUAAACACUGGUUUGUAGUAGUGAAAGUUGAAUUCCUCUGACACACUGACAUCUUCUAUGCAUCCUGGGGCAACAGAAAUAUGUUUGGACCUCUGGUAAAAUAAAUCCAUUUUAUGGUUGAUGUAUAAAGAA